AUGGCAGAGACAGGGAAACCCCAAUUCAUAGACGACCUGGUACCUCUCAUUCUUGAGAGCACGGAACAUUGGUGGCCACGCGACUACGCCAGACUAGCCCUGGUAUCUCCAUCAUGGCUUUACUACGUGCAGAAACGGAUUUACGCCUGUCCCACUCUCUACACCUUCCAAUCCUGCGCUCUGCUAGCGAACGCCCUGCAACGGAAUCCGUCUCUGACCCACCUCAUCACCGGAAUCGAGUUCCGUCCGACACACGACGAAUGUCGAGGGCAAGUGACAGGGGAGCACUUCGAGGGAAUACGCUUUCUUCUGUCCCUGCAAGGCCUGAAAAGAGUAGUUAUUGGUGGCCAACUCUCCAGGAGAGCCGAGAGAUUCCUGAAUACGCUGUCAUGUCCAGAGGCCGUGGAGGAGUUGGUGGUGGAUGGAAGCGUGUGCCAGGAUUCCCUCGUGGCCUCACUCGAGGUCGACGAGAGUUUUUUCUUCAGGUUUUGCAACUUGAACACACUGAAGUUGGUCAACCUGGAAGUCGAUUUGAUUCCGCCACCGACAACCAUUCCGCUCACCACUCCGAUCAAUCACCUCAUCCUUGCUAAUGUCGACAUUCUAGGCGGACACCUUGGCCAGGUUAUUUCAGGAUCGUCCUUGGACUUGCUCUCAGUUCACGCGUGCUUACCCCACGAUUAUGACGAGCAAAUUCGAUGCAUCCUAGAUUCCUGCCAGGUCGAGGCCUUGCACUACAGCGUGAGCCAGGCUUGUGCGGAAUCAAAUGCUCGAUCCUUUCUCUCAGUCGCUGCCACUGAGGGAACGGGCCUACGAGCUCUCUAUAUCGACGGUCACUUUGUUGACCAAGGCACCCUCUCUGACCUUGCCGAGUGUUGCCCAUCCCUUCAAGAGCUCGCUGUGGCUGGGCGCUCUGUUCGUGUCACUGUGGAGGAGUGGUGUAGCUUCAUCAAAUCCCGUGCUCUUCCUGGACUACACAAACUUAGGCUACCGUCGGGUACGAAUACACCUCCGUUCAAGAAAUGGACUGGUGGGGACUGGCAGGCGCUAAAGGCAGCAUGUCUGGCCAAUGACAUCCAGCUCUUGGAAUGA